UGUUAACUGUCAAAUUAUUUACCAUUUUCUGAUGUCGCUAGCGAAAUAUGGAGUAUCCAGAAAAAUCUUCAGUUUCCUACUGUUUCUCUUGUUGCUUCUGCCGACCUUUGAUGCGGGUGAUCCAAUUGGCAGCCACUUCGUCCGUCGGAGGCCUAAACGCCUUUCCAGUCCAUAUUUCGACAGGGAGAAAACGUUGGUGCUGGCCAAGUAUGUGGUCUCCAUUCGAUCCCGAAGACCCCACAAGUUCUUUGGCGACAAUCACUUCUGCGGUGGCGUGAUCAUAUCGAGAACCUACAUCCUCACCUCCGCACACUGCGCCAUGGAUAAGCGCAAGAUCGUACAUCGCAGUCGGGUUCUGGUGGUUGUGGCUGGAACCACAAAUCGUCUGAAGAUUCGCGAAGGACUCUCGUUAAUCUUGGAGGUGAAGAAGAUCUUUGUGCCGGACAAAUUCACAGUGUUUAAUACAAACAACAUUGCGCUGAUGAUGCUGGCCAAAGAACUGCCCUCGGACAAUCCGCUCGUGGGUGUGAUUAAACUGCCUACGGCUGACCCAGAACCGGGUGUGAACUACACGGUGCUGGGCUGGGGAAGGAUCUUUAAAGGCGGUCCUCUGGCCUCCGACAUCCUGCACAUUGACGUGGAGCUAUUGCCGCGGGAGAUCUGUGAGAAGAAAAUCGACAUCUUCAAGGAGGAGAUGAUGUGCGCCGGAAACCUGAACAACAGCAUGGACGAGAAUCCUUGUGCCGGUGAUACCGGCAGCCCACUGAUCCUCAACGAAACGGUCUUUGGUGUGGUUAGCUAUCGAGUAGGAUGCGGAUCCAAAACCUUGCCCUCAAUUUAUACCAACGUGUAUGUGCAUAUGGACUGGAUCAAUGGAAUUAUGAACAAGAAUGUAGCGAUUCGAUUGUAUUAUACUCCCAACUAUCUAUUGAUCACCAUUGGUAUAUUCAUUGGAAAUAAAAUUCUGAAAAGUUGUGGAUUUUAUUUGAUCACCACUUAA